CCCUGUGAGCGGUGCAGCUCCCCCUGCAGCGCCUCCCCUCGCGGGGAGGGAGCCGGAGGGGGCUCCCGGAGCCGCGCUGCAGACCUGCUCCGGCUGCGCGUCGCGCCUCUCUCCUUCCAGAGUGGCAGCAGGAGCCGAGGCGGAGGCGGUAGGGGGUUCCCGCGACUUGCAGUUUCUCUGGGGAGCUGAGGAGGAGACUGCGCCUUUCCCCCGCGCCCAGCAACCUCAACCUGUUCCCGGCGCUCGGCGACUCUCACUCCCGGGACUCGCCGCCCAACAUGAAUUUCCCCCUGGCGCUGGUGCUCCUGUCCUCGCUCUACCUGCAGACGGCUGCCGAGUUCGACGGGAGGUGGCCCAGGCAAAUAGUGUCAUCUAUUGGCCUAUGUCGUUAUGGUGGGAGGAUUGACUGCUGCUGGGGCUGGGCUCGCCAGUCCUGGGGACAGUGCCAACCUUUCUACGUCUUAAGGCAGAGAAUAGCCAGGAUAAGGUGCCAGCUCAAAGCUGUGUGCCAGCCACAGUGCAAACAUGGUGAGUGUAUUGGGCCUAACAAGUGCAAGUGCCACCCUGGAUAUGCUGGAAAAACCUGCAAUCAAGAUGAGCACUUCUACCCAACUCCUCUUGAUCAAGGCAGUGAACAACCUCUUUUUCAACCCCUGGAUCAUCAAGCCACAAGUUUACCUGCAAGGGAUCUAAACGAGUGUGGCCUGAAGCCUCGGCCCUGUAAGCACAGGUGCAUGAACACUUUCGGCAGCUACAAGUGCUACUGUCUCAAUGGAUAUAUGCUUAUGCCGGAUGGGUCCUGCUCAAGUGCCCUAACAUGCUCCAUGGCAAACUGUCAGUAUGGCUGCGAUGUUGUUAAAGGGCAAGUCCGGUGCCAGUGCCCCUCCCCAGGUCUGCAGCUGGCUCCUGACGGGAGGACCUGUGUGGAUGUCGAUGAAUGUGCUACUGGAAGAGUCUCCUGCCCUAGAUUUAGACAGUGUGUCAAUACUUUUGGGAGUUACAUCUGCAAGUGUCAUAAAGGCUUCGACCUCAUGUACAUUGGAGGCAAAUACCAAUGUCACGAUAUAGAUGAGUGCUCCCUUGGUCAGCAUCAGUGCAGUGGCUUUGCUCGAUGUUACAACAUACAUGGGUCCUACAAGUGUAAAUGUAAAGAUGGAUACCAUGGUGAUGGAUUCACUUGUGUCUAUAUCCCCAAAGUCAUGAUUGAGCCUUCAGGUCCAAUUCAUGUACCAAAGGGAAAUGGUACAAUUUUAAAGGGUGAUGGAGGAGAUAAUAAUUGGAUUCCUGAUGUCAGAAGUACUAGGUGGCCUCUGAAGACACCAUAUAUUCCUCCUGUCAUUACCAACAGGCCCACUUCUAAGCCAACAACAAGACCUACACCAAAGCCAUUACCACAGCCCACUCCUCCACCACCACCCCUGCCAACAGAGUUCAGAACACCUCCACCUCCACCAACCCCAGAAAGGCCACCUACCAGACUGACAACUGCAGAACCAGCUACAAGUACAUCUGCAAGAGGAGUUACAGUUGACAACAGGAUACAGACAGAUCCUCAGAAACCCAGAGGAGAUGUAUUCAUUCCACGGCAGCCUUCAAAUGACUUGUUUGAAAUAUUUGAAAUAGAAAGAGGAAUCAGUGCAGAUGAUGAAGCAAAGGAUGAUCCAGGUGUUCUAAUACACAGUUGUAGUUUUGACCAUGGACUUUGUGGAUGGAUCAGGGAAAAAGACAAUGACUUACACUGGGAACCAAUCAGGGACCCAGCAGGUGGACAAUAUCUGACAGUAUCGGCAGCCAAAGCCUCAGGGGGAAAAGCCGCUCGCUUGGUGCUACCUCUCGGCCACCUCAUGCAUUCAGGGGACCUGUGUCUGUCAUUCAGGCACAAGGUGACUGGGCUGCACUCAGGCACACUCCAGGUGUUUGUGAGAAAACACGGUGCCCACGGAGCAGCCCUGUGGGGAAGAAAUGGUGGCCAUGGCUGGAGGCAAACACAGAUCACCUUGCGAGGGGCUGACGUCAAGAGCGUCAUCUUCAAAGGUGAAAAAAGGCAUGGUCACACUGGGGAGAUUGGAUUGGAUGAUGUGAGCUUGAGAAAAGGCCACUGCUCUGAACAACGCUAACAGCUCCAGAACUAGCAAUGAACUCCUAUGUUGGUUGCUCCCUCGUCUUUUUCCAAUCCUCACCUUCUCUCCUCUUCUUCUUAUCAGGCCUAGGAGAAGAGUGGGUCAGUGGGUCAGGAGGAAGUCUGGUUUGUGACCCACAUCUUGCUGGCCUGCUUUGUGCAAUCCCAAUGAACAGUGACACCCUCCUUGAAGUACAGGGGCAUCUGUAGACACAUCCAAGCCAUUCUGGGGUGUUGCCUUCCAUCCUAAGUUUUGUUUGGGAAGGCCUUCAGUGUGUGUGACCUAUACCAUCCUUCAUCCUGAUUACAGAGUGCUCCUUGUAGCAAAUUAUGGGGAAGUUUUCAAAAGAAAUCUGUGCAAAUGGUCAUUCUGUUAUCUGUUCAGUGUUGUACCAUGAGUAGUAUUGACUUUCCUUAAGGUAUGAUGUACAGUGUGCUUGUGAAAUUGAUUUAUCCUCUUCACUUACGUUAGUUCUGGCCUCACCUGAACUCUGACUUUCACUGCCAUUCACUUUAUAAAAGAAAGGUGUAUAACACAUCAAUUUGCAUUUAUUCUUGUUAUCUGUGUUUUUACUUUAAAGACAAUUAUGUAGAAUGGGCACGGAAUCCCUCGUUGGUAGUACUGUGUUUUGUGUAAAUGUGCUAUUGAUACUAAGUAUAUAAGUGUUCCUAAUAUUUACAGACUCUAGUUGCAAGGUAAAAGGCAGCUUGUGAUCUCUUGAACUAAAAAGACAUGGCAAAAUGUCAUCCAGUUCCAUGACCAAUCCAUUGGCAGCAAGAGAAAAUUGGCAGAGGUGUCAGUUUGUGGUAAUGGAGGGAUGAAUUUUUUUAAAUUGCCUUGAGUUUAGUCUCUACAAGAACAGUAAACUAUUUAGGGAGAUAAGAAACUGCAGUGAACAUAUAAAAACCUCACUGUUUCAAGAUAUAAUUUAAAACUGAUGGCUUUACCAUCUUAACAUGGCUCUCUCUUAUAAUCUGUAAAAAGCUUUGUAAAAGUUUGGUUGCUGUAGAGGAAAGAUCCUGCUGAUGGAAGCAAGGUAAGAGGAAGAAUAGGGGAAGCUCCACUGGAACAGAUUUGUCAUGCGAAAUCCCCACAGGUAGAGCUUGCACAAGAAGCAAGCCCUAUGCACUGAGGUAUUGCAUGUGUGGAGUCACACACCAGAGGAAGAGACAGGAUUGGAAUUCUAACAUCCACAGACCCCAACUGUAUUUCCUCCCUGCAUAUUUUAUCUUUAUAUUAAAAAAUACAUAACUUUUAAAGGGUAUCUUACUCCUGAGACUUUUCUUCGUUUCUAAUUAAGUAAUCAAAAUAUUUUCUACUGUUUUUGCCAGGAAUCACAAAGAUGAUUAAAGGGUUGGACAAAAAGAUCUAUGAUGAAAAAUUAAAGGAACUGGGAUUAUUCAGCCUGGAGAAAAGAAGACUGAGGGGCAAACCAUUGAUGGUUUUCAAGUAUAUGAAGGGUUGGCACCAAGAGGAUAGUGACCAGCUGUUCUCCAUGUGCACUAAGAAUAGAACCAGAGGAAAUGGGCUUAGACUAGAGUGUGAGGGAGUGUUUCCUGGCAGGGACAGUUGUUAAAUCAAAAUUCUCCAUUUAAAAAAAAAGUGUGAAAAUAUCUUUCUCUUCCUAUCUCUCUCUUUAAAAAAACUAGAUAAAAGUCUACCUAUUUAAGAUAUGCUUACCUCAAGGUAAAGGAACAGAUUACAGCAUCCCCCAGAUGAUUUGAUCCUAUUACUAGUAUAUAAGGAACAUCUUCAGAACUAAGUAAUUUGGACUAGGCUCUAAUUUAGGAAUUUCCCUCUUGACCUCCUAACAGGGAGGAGCAAAGGGAGAAUGAUGCUGAGUUCAUUAAAAGGUUUCUCCCUUUAUGGCAAACCAUGCAGUAUUAAAACAAACACCCAAUUUUUUAAAAAUCUACAUAAUUUUUUCAAAGAGGUUGUGAUGGAUAGAUACUUUAAUAUCUCAGUAUUGUCCUAAUAUGGUAGUGUUUCAGGUUUUUUUUCCCCCUUUGGUAAAGGUAUAAACCUUUCACUUGCUCAAUAGGUGAUAUUUCAGAUUUUUUUUUUUUUCAAAGAGAAACCCUACCAAGGAACACAGAUGGAAACAUCUUUACCUGGUGCAUUCUCUUUGCUUAGUGUAUGGAAGCUUAACUUAGCUCCUGGAAGAGGGUCAUGCACAGCACCUCUAGAUCUUUCCUUCAUCUGCUCACUAUGAUUCCCUUUCUCUUACCAAUUGGAAUCUCCCAAGUCCCACAAACUGGUAAUGUUUUUGAACAGUAGGUCCAAGAGAAGUUCUUUUAUCAUGUAACUUGUAGAGGCAGGGGGAGGGGGAAUAUAAAUCAUUGAGCCUUUGAUUAAGGGCCAGAAAUGUGGUCUUAGAUCCAUUUUUGAUUCAUUUCCUUUUUGUUCAUAUAACUGCACAGUUGAAGAUGAAAGGGGAAAAUAAUUGAAAAUUUCACUUGUAGGUGCCAAUAAUAUAUUGCACUAAAAUGAUGGAAGAAGUUAUCCAAAGUACUGUAUAACAUCUUGCUUAUUAUUUAAUGUUUUCUAAAGUGAAAAAUGUUAGUGGUUUUCAAUCAGUGAAGUAAUACAAUUCUUUGUAAAUAAAAACACUUAAUAUUA